CUAACCCUUUUCCAUCCCCACCCCCCCUCCCCCGGGUCACUGCAUCUUCAAUCAUCUUCCAUUUCCUGAGAAAGCUGCUAUUUCCCACGCAAAAUUCAAUCCCGUUUGUCCUACCUGUCCCGCAUCAAUGCCUCCGUUAUUAUCCUACUUCAUCUGUGGCUUCCUUUGGAUUUUCAUCAUUCCCACUUUGACCGCAUCACGUUUCUCAUGAAGGACCUUAAUUUCUGGUGGUUGAGUUGGAAUUGAUUCAACCUUGGACUGUUUCGCAGCCUGCUUCUUUGACUCGUUGCUCUGUUCUUCAGGUCCCUCAUUGUUCUGGGGCGUCAGAACAAAACCCUAGCCGCUUGAUUUCGAAUCUUGGGGGUGUGGGUAUGUUGCUCCGCCCCUUUGGAAGAGCAACUAAGAGGAGGUUUGAGGGCAAACCCAUACGAUCCAGUUCUUCGAAUUCUUUAUGCUGAGUAGGAAGCUGUCGCUGGGAAUGUCCUGAUUCGAAGCGAUCGUAUGCUCGGAUUCUGUUUCAAUAGCAGUUCUGUUGGGAGGUGGGGAUCUUUCAUUCAGAGCUAAAUACGAAGAAGGGAGAAAGGUUCGAUAUAACUAGAUGCGGAAAUUCCCUGAAAACCCUGAUUUUGAUAUUGAUCAUCCUUGAGAAGGGACAUCUCUUUCUUGUUCUUCCAUGGAUUCCCCAUUGUCGACCUUAGGUUUUGUAAUUUUCGGCAUCACCUUCAGUAUUUAUUCUGUUAUUGCCGAGUCCCAGUCACCCUCUACAUCAGUUUCGCGACCUUCUUCUCCUCCUUCUCGGCCGCAGCCAUCGCCGCCGUCAUCUCCCCAUUAUUCGCUGCCUGCGCCUUCAUACGCCCACCCGCCAUCCCCACCGCCACCGCCACCGCCACCGCCAACUCAUCAUUCCCAUUCUUCAUCGCAGCCACUCCAUGGUUCCGCGCCCCUUAACCCUGCUCAUGCGGUUCCCAGAAGAUCACCGCGACACCCCGAUCGCUCCUACCAUGGCUCGCCCCCGCCGGCAUCAUCGCCCCGGAUGAACUGGAGGAAGAAGGUCGGCCUUCUGUUUGCCGGUAUUGCGGGAAUCAUGCAGAUUGGUGUGGUUGGUUUCUUGGUUUUCAAGAGAAGGCAACUUUUAAGGACGAAGGAUACCUUUGAAGCUAGGGGUUGAAAUUUUCGGUGCGAAUGUUCUGGCAAUUCUUUUUAUUUGGAUUGGAAUCCUCCAGAGUCCCGCAACAUCAUCAUAGAAAGCAAGGAUUGACAUUUGAAAGAAACGAAUGAAGGAACGAAUGCUCGGACCUCGAGUUUUUCUGUAUAUGGGUAUUUAUAGUUGGCGUUUUCCAUGCGUUGCUUCCUACAUUUAUACUUACUGUCCUUAGUUUCAUUACACGGCUCAUGAUUUAAAGAAGCCCCUUCUUCCUCUUUGGUUCUAUAUUUUUAUAUUUUUGCUCUAACAUGUUCAAUGUACAAUGAUGCUAGGAAGGUUUGAAGAAUUAGUUGGCAAUGACAGAAUCUGAUUUUUCCCCCUCCCCGUUUUGAUGUAUUUGCUUCUAAUUUUAUGACUUCAUUAUACAUAGUGAUUAAAAUUUGGUGUGAUUGAUUAUUUGGUUGUUGAUACUGCAGAACCUUUUUGCUGAUAUUUGAACUCACUGACUCUUGCAUUGGUAAUGAGCAUGAUGUUCUGAAGUUUUAUUUUUGCUGAAAUUGUAACGAUUUACUAUCAAGAUUGUCGGAGUUCAAUGAAAUCUCCCAGACGGAGUAUGAUAUCUAGCGAUGAUGCGCCAUUUGCAUUUUAA